AUGGCGCUGGAGACAUUAGAAGUGGAGAGUUGCUCCUGCAGCAGUAACACCAACCUGGCAACCUCCGCCCGUGGCCGCGCCCUGCACGACCCUGGUAGGGAGGCUCCAAAGACCAGCGCGGCACAUCACAGUGUCCCUCACCUCGACAUUCUACCCACCAAACAUAGCUCUACUACCACUGUCAGUGACUCCAGCAUUACCACUCAUCCCAUCAGACAACUUGAGAGCUCUAAUUCCUCCGUUGAAUACUCCGUCAGCCCCAAAACUCCUUCAGUUAAAAUGCCUGUAAAUUCUGAUGCCUCCGGCAGGGCCUCCACCAGAGGUAAAAGCUCCAGCCAACGAAUGAGCAUCGUUAUGAAGCGCGGACUGGGAUCCCGAAGUGCUACCUCCAGCAUGAUCAAACGCCAGACUCUAGAGAAGCCCAGCAGCACAGUAUCUAGUAAACCCUACAGCCUGAGACGGGAUGGUAGUUCUGUAUGUCGAAGUUUAUCUAGGUUACCAGAAUCAAAUCGGGGUAGCGUCAGGAAGUUAAAGGUGUCCCAACCUGCUGACAGCCUUAUGAGACUCCACCAAUCUUCGAGUAUGGGCAGUACCCCAAAGCUGAGCACACAGCCUCGUGUUGCCAAUCUCGCCAGAGUAAGUACUUCUCUUUCCCUGAGAAUUCCUUUAAGAGACCGUUCUCUUUCAAGUAGGACAGACGCAUCAAGAAGUAGCGGCACUGUACGGAACUCUCCUUCUGUUUCAAAGUCUAGAAGAGCCGAUGUUAGCAAUCGAGGACCCCGUAGACCAGACAAAACCUCCAGCCCAACAGAUAAGACAGAGACAGCAGUGUUAGUCACUACAACCUCUUCCUCAUUUUCUACAUUGAGUAGCCGCGUUAAUGACCAAAUAGCCAAAAGUUCGUCCUUCAGCAGGGACCCGUUUGUAGGUUCCUCAUACCGGGGUUUGACGUCUCACUGGGCUAGACGCCAAACCCCUGGACGCAAUCAUCAAAGUGUCCUCCCUAGCGAAGGAGCAUACCCUCACGAUAAACUAUACGGCAACACCAGCCGUGUAUCCAAAGGAAGUAGUACACGUAAGGACACUCAAGAACGAAGUUAUCGUACUAGCAAAUUUAAUGACAGACAUAACACAACACAAAUUAUAUUGAAAAGGGAAGAAGAUACUCUCCCAAGCCGAUUAUCAGAAGACCAAUUUAAGAAAGCUUCAGGCUCUGUAAGAAAACCCUCUUCCAGACAACCAUCAGCGGGAACUAAAUUAUCAAGCACUCAAUCGAGAGAAAGGUCUGCGGAUAGCAGCAGCAAGCACAGCUUUCCAAAAAUCAUCUUGAACAAGACUGACACCAAGAGUGGACCUUGUAGCCACGACACAUCCAGCAGCGGCAACAAUUUUCCUCACAAGGGUAUGAUCAGCAGCAGUCAGAAAGAUUUGAAAUGUCCGCCACCACCACCAGGCAGACCUGCUAUUGAUUUGUUGCCACCAGCCUUGUUCUCAGAAGUUGAGGAGAUGGCCAACAGGGGGCUCCAGGAACCCUCAGUGACGUCACCAGACAAUGACAACAAACCUGCUCUGAGGGGAACCAAGACUCUCACUGAUCAUUUUCUCGAUUUUGAAGGGAAUAUUCGGCCCAGGAGCUAUAAGAGUGGAGAGAAUGUUAAAGCUGUGACGGGGGAAGAACUAGUAGGGGGAGAUAUCCAAAAUAAGCGUGGAUACAGUAGUGAGGAGGCAGUGAAGAGAGACCACGAGGGUAACAAACCCUUAAACAUCUUCAACGCUUUCAACUACUGGAGGAGGAACCUGCCUGAUGUGUCUAUAGAGUUAAAGCAUAUAUUACCACCGGACGAUGACUCAGUCUCCCAGGAUGUGAAUGGCAACAAUCACUCUGUCGAUGGCGUCAGGGAGAGUCAGGACGUCAAAAGAGGUGCCAUCAGUUGGUCACACCCACCUAGUCCCACCUACUCACAGUACCGUUCCAGCAAGUAUCGUACUCGGGUACAAACACCAUAUAGACUGCAACAGGGUCGUGAUCUUGCCCCGCUGGUGCUGAUUGACUUCAGUGAUGAUGCUGACGAUAAACUUCGUAAUGGUGAUGUGUGUGAGGCCCUUCGUCAGCACAGUAACGAAGGUGUCGACGAGGCCGAUGAAGAGCCUGUACACUCGUCCACCUGCUGUCUGAAGUCUGGCUCCUUCAGUGACUACUCCAGGUUAGUCUCAGCGCGGCCCUUCGUCUCUCCUGUCAGCCACUCCCCCUGCGACACCACCCUCCAUGUCGAUCCCUUCGGCGAUCUCGCCCGUAGGAACUCUGCGCCAUUGUAUAUAUUGAGUGACCUGAGUGAGCUUCACGAGGAACGUUGUGACCCUACACAGUUGCUGAGGACGCGAGAGUGCUGGAGGUCUGAGGAAGACAGUGUUUACGAGUUACUACUCUCCUCCGAGGGCGACAUCAACCACAAUUCCCAUAAGUUUUAUACUGACCUUGAGUCUGUUAUUCCCCUCGAGUUCGAUACUGACGAUAGUGACAUCUUCGAGGCUUUCUACGACAUGGGGAACAUACAGGGCGCCGAGGGUAAAAAGGGAGGGAAGGGCGAUAAGCAGAAGGGCAAAGGAAAAGGAAAGGUCGCCCGGGGCAAGUCUCCUUCGAAAACAAAACUUCAAGGGAGCAGAGAUACCCUAGAUGAGGGUGACAGAGUAUCAGUUUGUGCCUCCCCCAUCAGCUCGCCGCCGUCAGCCAUUGCAGCAGCCACUGUAGGAAUUUCCACAGAGUCUAGCGUCCCACGUCCAGUCCCGGUAGUAUGCGAGCGCCCCACCUUCAUUGUCACAGACUCGUGGAAGGAGGCGAGGAAACCACAAACACUUGUAGCAGGUGAGGCUUUAGGAGAAGCAGCGGUAGCCUUCGUGGACUCCUCCUCUAGUUCAGAAUCUGUCUUCACAGAGGCUCGGAGCGGGGGCGGACCCAACAGUCUACACGAUGCUCUCACCCCAGCUGACGGGGCCACCACGCCCUUGUUCACAGAGGCGCUGGAUUUACCUAUUGAUGCCAUUAUGUCAGGCCACUACAGCUCCAGCGAUACUUCCACUGCCUCCUCUAAACCUCCCACUGUGGCAGAAUCAGUCGACUCCACAUCAAGUAUACUCGACGAUUUCUCAAAGAAAACUCCACCGGUAUUAAGAGCAGGAACUAGUGUAGAAUUAUUGAAGAAAACGGUAAGUGGUGAGGACAAAGAGAAAACGGUAGAGGAGUCCUGGGAACAUGGAGGGAGAGCGCCGAAGGCAACACCCCCCCGUCCUUCCCUCACUCAGGUAGAAAUAACAACACACACGCGAGUUGAGACCAGUCAGCAGGACUUAAAACACGUUCACACGCCGGUCUUGUCCUCCAGUCAACAAGUGCAGUGUGUCAGGGAGGCCGCUGUGGUCCAGAAUGAUAGCGUCGGUUCAGUGUCGAGUGAUGUGCUUAGUCCAGAUGGUGUAGAUAUUGACUUCAGUGUUUCCGAGAGCAAUCACAGUGUGUUUGAGGAGCAGACUGGAGAGCGGUCUUGCCGCUUCUCAGUAGCAACCAGUGCUAGUGAGGAGUCUGGUGGCUCCUUCAUCUGCCUCAAUCUAGAACCUUAUUCCUCGAGGCUCAAGACACAGUCCCUUGGGGACGCCCUUGAAGAACAGGAUGACCCGGGGGACACUUGGUCCCCUGAGGGAAAGCCCAGGUCGUAUUCUGCCGAUGACCUCGAGUUAGAUCUUGAGGACUUCGACGACGAAUACGACGAGGACGACUACGCCGACGAGGAUAUGCCUCAGGCGUCAGCGGCGUCGGCAGGGCGGGGCGGAGGGAGCAGCGCCUUCAGGGUGUCCCGUCAUCGUAAGGUAGAGCUGCAACCUGCUAAGCCCUCUGGUGCCCGGCUUAACAACACUGCAGCCAAGAACAGAGCUUUGUCAGAAAACUGCAUCUCUGGUAAUGGAAGUGAGCAGCGGGGCCGCCGCAGUGGCAGCAGUGGGGACGUGGGAGUUGUGGAUAGCAAUGUACUCAGAAAAGUGGCCAGCCUGACCCUUGACCGUGCCACUAUUGAUAAGAGGGUUACCAAGCCUAAGUUCGUCCCUGAGAAACUAGACUUCAAGAUUUACGAGAAGUUUGAAGGACAAAUGCUGAUCAAUUGGUUUGUGAGUGCAUUCAGUGAAGGACAUUAUCUUCGCCAUGUUAUUACGCCACAGGACCUUAAGAUUCUUGCCACACAAUUUUGUACCCAUCUUCUAGCUGCGGGGGUCAUAAAUCAGAUUGAAGAUGUCAGCGCUCCUCUUGAACUUCUCUUUAGACCUGACCUGAUGUACUACUGGUCCCAUACUGAGGCCUCACCAGCACAGAUCUUGACCCCAGGCAAAAUCUCUUCCUCUGCCUGGCCUCCUGCAAACUUUGCUGAGCUCCUUUCAUCUGUUCGCCCAGGAGCCAAGUACACAGAAGCUGACCUCACCACUGGGAGGGUCACUACAGCUGAUAACUCUCCUUGUGAUCCUAAUGGGGUACUUAUCGAGACUGCAGUGGAGAGAGUAAAGAACGGGGAGGGAGAAGAGUUUCAGCAAGUAGUGAUGGGCCUUAAGCGAGAACACAAGGAGUCACUUGAACGAAUAGAGAGUGAUCAAGAAGUGUCGCUCUUUAAGCUGCGAGGGGAGCAGGCGGAGAAACUGUGCCAGUAUGAACGCAAGAUCAGGGAACUUGAGCUGGAGCUGGAGAAACUUAAAACAGUCUCAGCUAUACAGGAACUCACUGCAAAGACAAAAGCAGACUUUGAUUCACCAACCUCACCUAGCAGACUAGCAACAUGUAGUGGCCCUCAAUCACUGCCCCCUCCUCCCCCUCCCCCACCCCCAUCUACGGAGAAAGGUGUGGCUGAUGCUUCACCCUCUGGUGCACCGUGUGUAGUCUCUAGUUCUACUGCUCUACUACUACAACAACAACAUUCUGCAUUGUCAGGGAUGGGAGCACCUGCAGCACCUACUGCACCUCUGGCACACACUGCCCCACCAUCCACUCUUCCUCUCUCCAGCAUGCCUUCUCUACCUCCUAUUACUUCCCCUUUGCUGGGCACUGGUUUACAACCACCUGUGGCACCAUCUUCUCUUGCAGUAAGUGGAUCACCACCACCCUCACCAGGAAUGGGUGGCCCAACACUGCCAAAGCCUCCACCCCUACCACCACCAUCCAUUCCAGGAAUAGGUGGGCCACCACCCCCACCACCCCCACCACCUAUGCCAGGAAUGUUUGGACCACCAUUCAUGCCAGUAAUGGAAGGACCCCCUCUCCCACCCCCACCUCCACCCUUACCAGGAAUGGGAGGACCACCACCACCAGGAUUGAGUGGCCCACUGCCCCCUCCACCCCACCACCGAAUGGGUGGACCACACCUCCCCCUACCACCACCACCAGGAAUGGGUGGACCACCACCCCCCCCACCACCACUACCAGGAAUGGGUGGACCACCACCUCCUCCCACCACCACACCAGGAAUGGGUGGACCACCACCUCCCCCACCACCACCACCAGGAAUGUGGACCACCACCUCCCCACCACCACCACCAGGAAUGGGUGGACCACCACCUCCCCCACCACCACCACCAGGAAUGGGUGGACCACCAUCCCCCCCACCACCACCAGGAAUGGGUGGACCACCACCUCCCCCCACCACCCAGGAUGUGACCCCACCUCCCCCGCCACUACCAGGAAUGGGUGGACCCACCUCCUGCACCACUACCAGAAUGGUGGACCCACCACCUCCCCCACCACCACCACCAGGAAUGGGUGGACCGCCACUCCCACCACCACCACCACCAGGAAUGGGUGGACCACCCCCUCCACCUAUGCCUGGUAUGGGCCCCCCUCCACCUCCUUGGCCUCCUGGCAUAAAAGGGCCACCACCACCUCCAGGAAUUCCACCACCGCCAGGUGGACCCACACCUUUCCCAGCACCACCGCCAGGUGGCUGGAAUGCUGCGCGGCCAGCUGUGCUGCGCAAAAGGCCUGUGAAUCCCAAAAUGGCAAUGCGGCCUCUGUAUUGGACCAGAAUACAGUUAACUACACCAAAACCUCCCAAACCUGAGCCUAAACCCAUAGAACAGGACAGUGUUGAUGGUAAUGAGAGUAAGGAUGGUAGUCAAGAAAAUGAUGGUGAAGAGAAGGUGAUUAAGAAUGACAAAGGUGAAGAUGAUAGUCCUUCUGGAACACUGAAGAAAAGAAGAAUAUCAGACAUACCACUUUGGGAUGAACUUGAAGAAGAAGAAUUUGAUGAAUUAGAAUUUGUUGACCUUUUUGCCCGACAAGUUACACAGCCACAGAAGAAAGAAAAAAAAGAAGAUAAGCCAGUCAAGGUUAAGGUUGCUAAAGUUUUAGACAGCAAACGUUCUCAAAAUGUAGGAAUUUUCAUAACUAGUCAGCACCUUGACAUUGCUGAUGUGGAAAAUGCUGUGUACAAUUUCGACACUUCAGUUCUUGACCUGGAGGUUUUGCAGCAAGUAUAUGAAGUGAGAGGAAGUGAGGGAGAAAUUACCUUAAUAAAAGCCCAAGUAGAAGCCAUGCCUGGUAUUCCACUUGACAAACCUGAACAAUUUUUGUUAGACCUCUCCAAAAUCAAUGAAUUUGCAGAGCGUACUGCCUGUUUUAUGUUCCAGGCAACAUUUGCUGAAGAUUUGGGUGUAAUACACAGCAGAAUAAGUAUGCUGCAAACCACUAUAGAUGUACUUAUGACUAGUGAUAGCAUUAAAAAAAUAUUUGGGUUAAUCUUAGCUAUUGGAAAUUAUAUGAAUGGUGGGAAUCGGACAAGAGGACAAGCAGACGGUUUUGGCUUGGAGAUACUGCCAAAGAUCAAGGAUGUGAAAAGCAAAGAGGCUUCAUACACUUUAUUGCAUUUUGUUGUCAACAAAUAUAUUGAGAAAUAUGAAGGUGAAGAUGCAGGCACAGACAAGGCUCAGCUUCCCAUUCCAGACCCAUACAUAGUUGAACGUGUUUCUAAUAUAAAAUUCGAGGAUUUAGAAUCUGAUUUGAAAGAAAUUGAAAAGAAUCUCAAAGUGUGUGAGAAUCGUGCUGAGAAAGUGAUAAAGAAAUCAGAUGAAGAGCAUUUACAACCAUUCAAGGAUUGUAUGACAGAAUUCAUUGGCAAAGCCAAAAAAGAGUUGGAGUCAGAAUAUGAAAACCUUGGUGAUUGCAAGAUACAAUUUGAUGCAGUCAUGAAGUACUUUCAGUUUACUGGCAAAGGGAAAGAUGUUUCACCUUACGACUUCUUUAGUGUGUGGUCACCAUUCUGUAAUGACUUUCUUAACAUAUGGCAGAAGGAACAAUUGAAGAUUGUCAAACAAAGAAUGAAGGAAGCAGAAGAAAAAGUGCGGAAGAUGACUGAAGAGAAGAAGGAUGUUGCAAAGAAGACCAAAGAGGCUGGAGGAUUGAAAAGCAAGCUGAAGGAUAAGCUCAAGACUAAGCAGUGAGUUUUAUCACCUAAAGAAUUACUGUACGUAUUUGGGAAUGCAGUUUUACGCAAAUUAUGUAUACUGUAAUUGAUGCAUAAUUAAGCACCUUACAGACUGAAAAAUCUUGAUCAGAAAACUGUGAUGAGAAAAUUUAUUAUCAUAUUUGUUUCAUGAGUGAUAUAAUCAUCAUAUUUCUUAAAAUUUUAAUAUCUUUCUUAGUAUUGAUAGUAAUGUAUAAUAACUGGACUUUUGUAAAUGAUAUUUAUUAAAAUCUUGUUUCUGAAUAUUUUUGAAUGAUCAGUAUAAAUCAAAUUUUUAUAAAAUUAGGCUAGUUUUCAAUGUUUAGAAUUUCAUUAUACAGUGGACCCCCGCAUAACGAUCACCUCCGAAUGCGACCAAUUAUGUAAGUGUAUUUAUGUAAGUGCGUUUGUACGUGUAUGUUUGGGGCUGUGAAAUGGACUAAUCUACUUCACAAUAUUCCUUAUGGGAACAAAUUCGGUCAGUACUGGCACCUGAACAUACUUCUGGAGUGAAAAAAUAUCGUUAACCGGGGGUCCACUGUAUAAUUAGAAAUUAAAUGCAAUAUAUUUUCAGGCUUACUAAAACAUUUUUUCAGUAAUCAGAGAAGUGAGUAAAAUAAGAAAACACUGCAGUAUAAGGUUUUUACAGAAACUCACAACCUAUAUACCAUUGGUCUUUCCACAAGGGAAUAUUGGGUUGAAUGGCAGUGAUUUUUUUAAGGUUGAGUGAUGGCUUACUUUUCUGUGUGGAAGAAUUUAAGAAAUGCCAAAUUGAUGAUUUUAUUUUUGGUGGCAUUAUGGACAAAUUAAAAGAUUUAAAUAUCCUGAAUUUCUUACAGUUUUGAAAAUCAUGUAAUAUGGUUGAAAGUAUUUUUUUAUAAUAGAGAUAAAUUCAUGAAAUUUAGGAAUAUGAAAAAUUUGCCAAGUUUAAGAAGUACAGUUCUGUAUGAUAUUUUGGUCAAAUUCUGAAGUCACAAUUUGUAUACUGUUUUCACAUACCCUUUUCAUGCUUUCAUUGUCAUUAUCAUACCAUAUAUCCACUUCUUUAUUAAGAAAAGGAUAUCAGAUUAAACUGAAUGUUUAUGAAUUGAAAGUAUAAAGCAGAAUCGUGUAUACAACAAGUGCAGAGAAGUUUUUGGGAAAGUGCAUAAUAGAUUCUCUACAGGAAUCUCUAACUUUUUCUUCCUUUAAACUCACUACACAUGAUAGCUGUCAGAUGAAUAGUGGUAAAUAUAUCUUAUUCUUUCCAGUUUUUUAAUUUCUGAUAAUCAGAAGUACAAUAAAGCACCUAAAUUACUGGGAACAGUUGAAGUCCUUUGACCUGUAUUCCCUUGGAAUGCAGGUGAGAAAAAAUGCAUCAUAAUAUAUGCUUGGAAAAUCCUAGAGGGACUAGUCCCAAAUCUGCACACAGAAAUUACUCCCUACAAAAGCAAAAGACUCAGCAGGUGGUGCAACAUUUCCCCAGUGAGAAGCAGGGGUGCCAUGAGUACACUAAGACAUAACACAGUAAGUGUCAGGGGCCCAAGAUUGUUCAUCUGCCUCCCAGCAUACCUAAGGAGGAUUACCAAUAGACCCCUGGCUAUCUUCAAGAGGGAGCUGGACAGGUACUACCUGACCAGCCGGCUGUGGUUCGUAUGUCGGUUUGCAUGUGGCAAGUAGAUACAGCCUGGUUGAUCAGGCCUUGAUCCACCGCAAGGCCUGGUCAUGAACCAGGACAUUGACCCCCAAAACACCCUCCAGGUAACUAAGAAUCGAUACACAUUGGAAACACCUUUGCAGACCAGUAUUAAUUGUUUUUGAUCUAGGAAAUCUUACAACUACCUGGAUUUUCAGUAUUUUGUCCCAAGCUCAUUACUUAGGUCUGAGGCUGACUAUUGGUUUCUCAGAUUUUCCAUUGAGAGGCACUUUAGUUUUCAAAUAAACAACAGCCUUUACCCAUAUUUAGUAAAGGUUGAAAGCUUAGAACUACCUUAUUCCUGAUAAAAGAUCUACUUUGGUUCUCCCAAGUAUUUAGCCAUUCUUAUAUACAGAUUAUUUUGCCAUUGCUUGUGCAGGCCUAAACUGUCAGCUUGUUGAAACUAUUCUCCAACACAGAUAAUGGUCAACUGGACUAUAUCAGUCACGUUCAAGAGAUGCCCUGUCAUUCCACAUUAUAUUUCAUACAUGUAUGGCUUCCCUACCCCAGUAUUGCUAUGGUUAAAUUUCUUGGCCUUCUCUGAUGAAUGUCAUGGUAAUGACAUUCAGUUAUCAAAGAGAAGGCCAAAAGUGUCUUAAGUUGGCUAACUGUGGUUAAAACCUUAACCCAUUUUACUUGGGGAGCUGAUAGCCUUAAUUCAUGCAGUCUUAAUACUGUCCAAGCUAGUACAGCCUUCCCAGAUACUCUUGAGCUUUGUGCCCUUCCUCAUCAGGCAAUGUGUUUGUGUUGGGGCUUUUUGAUCUUUCACUGUUGAGUUUGGAUAUUGAAGCAAACAUCUCUUUGCAGAAGUGACAUGAUGCCCAUUGUCCUCAUUAUUUUCUUCUUUUUCAAGACCUUCAGACAUAUCGUACUCUUUCUCCCCUCCUCUACUUGGGAAGUUCCAAUAAUUCAUGUUCACUCCCUUCCACUUCCAUGCCUGAAGGCUAACAUAUCUGUUACAAACUUACACACACUCUUCCUUGAACACGUUCACAUUCUCGCCAACAAUUCCAAACCCUCAGUUGGAGUAGGGUAUGUGGCUGUUUUUUUUUUUUUUUUUUUUCAGAUUGAGCAAUCCAAGGACAUUUACUAGUCAACCAACAGUUAUGUGCAGUGUUUAUUGCUAUCAUACACAUUAUAAGAAUGCCCACCUCACUAUUUCAAUCUCAUGGCUCAGUUGGCAGAGCACUUGCCUCACACACUGAGUGUUCGUGGUUCAAUCCCAGGCAUGGGUGGAAACAUUGGGCAUGUUUUACACCUGCUGUCCCUGUUUACCUAGCAGUAAGUAGGUACCUGGGUAUUAGUCGACUGGUGUAGGUGGCAUCCUGGGAGACGAGAUUGAAGGACCCCAAUGGAAAUCAAAAACCUUGAUGACUUUCUUAGGUUAUUCUGGGUUAAAAAUUCAAAUGAAUCUUAUACAUCUAAAGUUCAUGUCAAGCUGUUUUGUCCAUAUAUAUGACUCCUGGCAUUACAUCAUACUUCAUAGAAAAAAGUGAGUGUUAAAUUUCUAGUAAGCACACUAGUAUUUUGCUGGCUUCGUGGACACUGCUGUUGAGGGCAAGGAAAAAGCAGACUGUCAUUUAGUCAGUUCUACAUGAUCUCUUAAUCUUCCACCAGGGUGUCCCUUUUUCACAGUAUGUACUGUAUUUUUCCAGUACUGUUCUGAAGACUGAAACUUCUGGCAACAGCUUUGGUCAGAGUAGGUUUCCUGCAAACUGUAAUUAGGUUCCUGGCUAUUUUCUUCCCAUUGUUGCUGGGGGUGGGAAACUGUUCACACAUUACAAGUCGGCCAGCAUGACGCACGAAUAUCGUAUACAAAGAUGUAUGGUGCCCCUCUGUGAGGACUGCCAGGUAGCUCUAUCAUAGAUAUCAGAGAGGAAACACAACUAAUUUUUUCAACAGCUUCAACUCCUGAUGCACUCUAAUUGUCCUCCGAGUAAGUCUCGACCUCACUAAGUCGUAUCCCUAAAACAUAAACCACAUCUGCACUGUAUGACCCAUAUGGGUUUGGCCCUUAUUUGCAAAUAUAAUUGCUAAUCACCUAUCUAUAAAUCUUCCAGAAGUAGUAAUCAUUUUUCUUCAGGCAAGUAUUAUUUUUAGCCUAAAUUUCAUUUGACCUUUAUUAUUAACAUUAUUUUCUUUGUAUAAAAAAUGCAACUCUUCUCUCCAUAGUGACUAAAGAUGUUGGCCUCAGUGAAAGUCCUAUACUGCCCUUCCUCCCCUGAAAAAAAUAAAAAAAAAAUUGGCCAAUGCAUCACUUAGCUCUUCAUAGUCACUCAGGUGUUAUGGAUCUCAGUGUGUGGUAAUGAUGGUGCUUCCAAUGAUAAGUCCUGCAUGAUGUCUGGUGUGCAAGGCCAGCAGUGCUUUUCAUGUCUUUAUAAUAAUACUUGUUAUUAAACUAAUUGUUAGAAA